AUGCCGGGCAAAGUUAUCUCACCAUACAAGCAGGUCCCUGAGACCCAGGCUGAUCGUACGUCUCUCAAGCUUCACUUACCAUCAUGUUGCUAAUUAUGUCGCAGUCGACUGGGCCGAACUCGUCACCCUCGACCUCAGCCAGUUCGACCAACCCGGCGGAAAAGAAGACUUGGUCGAACAGCUCAAAUACGCAGCACACCAUGUUGGGUUUUUCUACGUGAAGAAUUUCGGGAUCUCUCAGGAAGAAGUUGAUAGGCAGUUUGCUCUGGGGAGGGAAUUCUAUGAAUUGCCGUUGGAGGAAAAGAUUAAGUGUAAGCCUCGGGUCCAAGCACUACAAAGUCGACCGAUGCUGAUGUGAGAUGUGUUAGAUCACAAUUUGAAAGAGUUGCAGAGUGGGGAGUACAAUGGUUAUCGACCUGCUGGGUUGAGAGAGUAGGUAUCCCCGUUGACGUGGGAUUGUGAGAUGCUGACUUGGAUUAUGAAGGCUCACGAAGGAUAUCAAAGAUAACAUCCAAGUCUACAACCUCCCGAAAUUCGACGGAUACCAUGAUCGUCCACAACCCCCGGUCCUGGCCGAUCAUAUCAAAGAAAUCGAAUCUUUCAGCCGGAAAUGCCAUGAACAGGUCGUUGUCAAAUUGCUAAAACUCUUUGCUCUUCUCCUCGAGCUCCCGGACGAGAACCAGCUUGUUAAGGAUCAUCUGUACGACGUCAAGGGUGAAGAUCAUCUGAGGUAUAUGCAUUACAAAGCUCGCUCUGCAGAGGAAAAUCAACAGGUUGGGGAAUUGUAUACUCCUGGCCACACGGAUCUAGGCUCCAUCACUCUACUCUUCCGACAACCCGUCGCAGCUCUCCAGAUUCUGAACUCAAAAGGAGAAUGGAAGUGGGUGAGACCACAGGAUGAAACCAUCACGAUCAACAUCUGCGAUGCUUUAUCCGCCAUCACGGGUGGGUAUCUCAAAAGCAGCGUCCACCGAGUCCGAACUCCACCGGAAGACCAGGCGCAUCUGGAUCGUCUGGGAGUUUUGUAUUUUGCGCGACCGAACAACCACGUGGUGUUGGAUGUGAUUGGGAACAGUCCGCUUUUGGAGAGGGAAGGGGUUGUGGAGAACGACUUUACGAGAUUGGGGAAGAGGUUGACGAUGGAGGAGUGGUAAGUGAACGAACCAUGAGACCUUGUUAUUGUUUUGACUCUAGAGAGUGAGGGCUGACAUUUGAUUGCGAGCAGGGUAAAACUUCGUCAGACACAACAGCAGCGUCGUACCCAGGCGCCCAAGAUUGAGGGGAGCAAGUAUGAGUAUACGAAGAAGGAAAUGGAGAUCAUUCCUGGACUCGAGGCGAAGAUAUAUAACUGA